AUGGCAGCAGACUCGUCAGAAGACCCCGGUGGUCAAAACCACGAAAACAAUGAGCGGGGCUUGUUAGGUACGACCAGAGAUCAUGUCGUCGCAAAUGGGGAAUCAAAACAAGAUACCGCAGAUUUGCCCGUGGAGGACCCUUCCGCCAACGAGACAACCAAAGUUCGCUUCUCGAUCGAAAUUCCGCAAGCUACAGAGGAUAAUAUAAGACCAAGGGAGACCAAGACCUCUGCUCGUCCGCCUGCCGGCAUACUCAAGAGUGCCUCUGUUGGCCGCAAUCGGGGGUAUUCCCUCAGACGUUCACUUUUCGCGCAGAACAUCCAGAAGCAGGCUUCGGACAAUGGAGGCACAUUUGAGAUGGACGCUUCAAAGGCUGCUGCGGACACACAAAAGAUUGAUUCCCGCCCGACCACAGUCACUGUUGAGGAGGCAGAGGAAGAACCCGUUGCGCGCCCAACCAAACCCGUUCGACUGUCGGAUCCCGACCUCGAGCUCCCAUUGUACCGACGAUGGAUAUCUCAACACCGUUCUCGCUUGACUCUGCUCAAGCAGCUCUCAGAAAGAUACCGCACGUUACGGGACAAAAUCAUUCGAGCUCACACCAUUCCGCCCAGUCUCGACGGAAGACAUAUCAGAGUGAAUGUGGUAGAGGCCGAUCAACCCCUCGACGAGAGAACUGGGAAACCCUACGUCGGCAACGUCAUCCGCUCUUGUCGCUACACGCCUUGGAACUUCGUCCCCAAGCAGCUCGUCGCCCAGUUUGGAAAACUCGCCAACUUCUAUUUCCUAUGUGUAUCUAUCCUCCAAAUGAUACCCGGGUUGAGUACUACGGGCACGUAUACCACCAUAAUCCCGCUACUCAUCUUUGUUGCACUGUCCAUGGCCAAAGAAGGAUAUGACGAUAUCAGGAGACAUCGCCUGGAUAAAGAAGAAAAUGAAAGAACCACGCAGGUUCUCAGGGCUUUAUCUGGCCCUGCUUCCACGGAAUGGCAGGAAAGGACUUGGAGCGAGGUCCGCGUGGGCGAUGUUGUACUGGUAAAGAGAGACGAUGGAAUUCCCGCCGACUUGGUAUUACUUCAUAUCGACGAACCCACGGAUACUGCCUACAUCGAAACGAAAAGCCUCGAUGGAGAGACGAAUCUCAAAUCCAAGAAACCUGUCGCCGAAGUGAGUGCAGCCUGUCAAGAUCCAGAUGCCAUCGCCAGACUGCCUGCCGAAUUCGUGGUUGAGGAUCCGAACCUCGAUCUCUACAAGUUUGAGGGCAGGGUAACGGUCGAUGAGACAACACUACCCCUGACCAAUUCAGAGAUUUUGUACCGUGGUAGUGUGCUGCGGAACACUCCAUCUGCAAUCGGCCUGGUCAUAUACUCUGGCGAGGAAUGCAAAAUACGAAUGAAUGCCAACAAGACCCCUCGUAUCAAGGCACCGACAUUGCAGGCUAAAGUCAACAGAGUCGUCAUUUUUGUGGCAUCGCUCGUCAUAUUCAUGGCGAUAAUUUUGACUGUGGCCUAUCAGAUCUGGCGUCGGACGACCGAGGAGAAGUCGUGGUACCUCGAGGACGCCAAAGUGCCCUUUGGUCAUGUUCUGACCUCCUUCAUCAUUAUGUUGAACACGAUGUUACCUCUGAGCUUGUACGUCUCCCUCGAAAUCGUCAAGUUGGCUCAGAUGUUCUUGAUGAACGAUGUAGAUAUGUACGAUCCCGAAUCAGACACCCCAAUGGAGCCGCACACCUCGACAAUCAACGAGGAACUGGGCCAGGUCAGCUAUAUCUUUUCCGACAAAACCGGGACACUCACGAACAACUCGAUGAAGUUUCGGAAAAUGAGCAUCGCUGGCACUGCGUGGCUGCAUGACCUCGACCUGCAAGACGAAGCUGCUGAUGGGGCUGGUCGUGUGAAGCUCUGGCACAAAAAGCGAGGCGGCAAAGGCAAGGAACCUCGUUCUGAGAAGAAGCCGAGGAUGUCUUUGUCUCGGGCUCUCCGGAAAUCCACCGCAUCAGCCAGUGCUGGGACUGAGACGCAGACGAAGCAUGUAUCCCCUCCAGACGACGCUCAGUGGAAAGCCUCGAACGGCCUCAACAUGACUCUGGAGACGGGCAAGACACAAGAUCUGCUAGAUUAUAUCUACAGGCGACCGUAUACCGCCUUCGCACGGAAAGCACGAUUCUUUCUUCUUUCGCUGGCUCUAUGUCACACUUGCAUGCCGGAGAAAGACGAUGAAGGCAAUAUUGAAUACCAGGCUGCUUCUCCCGAUGAACUCGCAUUGGUGACGGCUGCGCAAGACUUGGAUUACAUUGUGACCGAUCGACAUUCUAACACGGUGACGAUCAAGACUUAUGCUGACGGUGAUGAGGACUCCCCUAUUUAUGAAACCUACGAAGUGCUGGACGUCGUGGAAUUUUCCAGCGCCCGGAAACGAAUGUCGGUCGUUGUGCGUUUUCCCGACCGACGUAUCUGCCUCAUCAGUAAGGGGGCGGAUAGCACCAUUCGGAAGCUCCUCCGCUUAGCGGAUCUAGCAGCCUCGAAUGUGCAAGCUGUGGAAAGACGAGCCAGUCAGCGGAAAAGCGUUGAAGCCCAGGAAGCAUUGAGAAGGCGCAGCACUCAAUUGAGCCGGAGGUCAAGCUCCGGUUAUGCGACUUCUCCACGACCUAGCGGCUUCUCUUUCGACCGUUCUCGGACUGCCCGCGACAGCAUUGAUCAUUGGCUGAAAGAGCGGGAGAAGGAUGUGGGAACGUCUCAACGACGUCAAAGCUCUCAGUUCUACUCACCCCGACCCUCAAUGCAGAUUAUAUCCCGCAAGUCUGAAAGCUAUGUGGGAAGAGCACAGUACUCGCCCCAGAUCACGCCUCGUGUUUCCAUGCAAGUCGAUGAUUCGGCAGAUCUGGUUGAGGAAAGCCUUGUUCUGGACGAUAAUGCUGUCUUCGAACGCUGUUUCCAGCAUAUUGAUGACUUUGCGACGGAAGGCCUUCGGACGCUCCUGUAUGCAUAUCGAUACCUCACCGAAGACGAGUACCAAACAUGGAAGCAAGUAUAUCUGGCUGCGACGACGAGCAUUAUGGAUCGACAGGAAAAGAUCGAAGAUGCAGCAGAACUGCUCGAGACGAAAUUGGAGUUGCUUGGAGCCACCGCAAUCGAGGACAAACUUCAACAAGGUGUACCUGAUGCCAUUGAUCGGUUACGCAGGGCCGGCAUCAAGAUGUGGAUGCUCACUGGUGAUAAACGAGAGACCGCCAUUAACAUUGGCCACUCGUGUCGGUUGAUCAAGGACUAUUCUAGUGUCAUUAUCCUUGACCACGAGCUCGGAAACCUGCACGACCGAAUGGAACAGGCAUUCGUCCAGAUGGACAACGAGAAAACUGCACAUUCAGUUUUAGUCGUCGAUGGACAAACUCUGACUAUAAUCGACGCCGACCGUGCGACUAGGGCGCUAUUCACAGACGUGGCGAUCCGUGCCGAUACUGUAGUAUGCUGUCGGGCGUCCCCCAGUCAGAAGGCUUCUCUCGUCAGGACCAUCAGGACCAAAGUCAAAGGCUCCGUUACCUUGGCGAUUGGGGAUGGAGCCAACGACAUUGCCAUGAUUCAAGAGGCGCAUCUGGGAAUCGGAAUCGCCGGCAAGGAAGGCCUCCAAGCCGCGCGAACUUCCGACUAUUCGAUUGCCCAAUUCCGUUUCUUGUUGAAGUUGCUGCUCGUGCAUGGGCGAUGGAACUAUGUUCGAAUCUGCAAGUACCUCCUCGGUACAUUGUGGAAGGAAAUGAUGUUCUAUAAUGCUCAAGCCCUCUAUCAGCGAUGGAAUGGGUACACAGGCACUAGCUUGUUCGAGCCAUGGAGUUUGUCCAUGUUCAACACCCUAUUCACGUCUCUCCCGGUGAUCUUCAUGGGCGUCUUCGAGAAGGAUUUGGCUGCAUCCACAUUGCUCGCGGUGCCGGAAUUAUAUAACUAUGGUCAACGAAAUCGGGGGUUCAACUUCUGGGUCUAUCUGAGGUGGUCUACACUUGCGGUAUGUGAAGCCGUCCUUGUUUACUUCACGAUCUACGGCAUGUACGGUCUCGCCUCCUUCACCAAAGACCAAGAGCUCUACGCUUUCGGGUCCCUGGUCUUCACAGCCUGUAUUGUGAUCAUCUCUUUGAAAUUACAAUUUAUCGAACUGCACAACAAGUCGGUGGCAGCAGCUAUAGCGAUCUUUCUGUCAGUGGGCGGUUGGUGGCUCUGGAACCUUAUUCUUUCCAGCAUAUACCCAUUCAACCCCGUGUACAGUGUCAACCACGCACUGCUGGAUCGCUUCGGGCGCAACCUUCUGUGGUGGAUCACACUGCUCUGGACCAUCUCGGCUGUUUGUCUGCUCGAAGUGAUCAUCAAAGCAAUUAGCGCGGCUGUCUGGCCCAGCGAUGUGGACAUCUUUCAAGGAUUUGAGCAAGAUCGAGAGGUUCGCAAACGCUUCGAAGAGGCUGCAGCAGAUCUCCUGCAACAGGGCUGGGACAGAGGGACGAAGAGAUCGAGUCUGGAGCUGGCCCGAGAAGCAGCCGAGCAGGCGGAACGUGAAGCUCAAGUCGAAGAACUCUUGAACAAGCCUCGGGACAUGACAGACAGGCGAAAGCCGAAGAUGAAGAGGAAUGACUCGGGACUCAGCACCAUGGCAGAGUCCAGCACCAAGAGACCACAGAAUCACCGGGAAGGGAGCAGUCACGAAAUGAGCGAGGUACAGCUGUCGCAGCAGCGAAAGUCGAUAGAUAUUGGAGAACUGUUCAGCAAGGGCUUUGGCGCGGUGUGCAGAAGCCAGGAGUUACUGCGAUAG